AUGAAGAGAUUUUUGACUGAAAUUGGCAUAUUUGGCAUUUCGCUUGGAGAAAUUCUUGGGUCAGCUAUUCUUCUCGCCUUGUACUCCGAAGAAGAAUACCGAGUUACGUAUCAGCAAAGUGAAACCUUGAUAAUCGAUUUGGGUCUCCUUGACGCAAGUGACUCGUGGCGUACCGCGCGAAUGGAUGGCCCCGUAAACCACAUGGACUCUAUCGCUCGGCCCACGUCAAAGGUCAUUCAACCUCCUGGUGGCUCCAGCUCUGGAAUCUUCGGAGGCGAGACCUACCAACCCAAGCGUCACGCUGAAGGGAACCGAAAGAACGAGUCUUCCAUCUUUGGCAGUCCUCGUGAAGAAACGCCGAAACCGAAAACACCUCCCAAAACAACGGAGGAGGCAACUGGAGCUCCUACAGUAAAACACACUUCAAUCAAAGUCGCUGCCCCACCGGGUGGCAAAUCCUCCAUCUUCUUCGGCUAA